AUGGAUUUCGCAGAAAGUCCUUCACAGUCUUGCAGCAGCCCCAUAAGCCCCAGGUCCAGUCCUCAGAAGUCCGAAGAGCAGGAGGUGAAGUGGCCUCACUCAGACACCGUAGGAGGGAACUCUCUAAAUUCCAGACCCAGUACAGACAGAGAGCUGAGGACACCCAGAGCCAGGUUCAGGACAGCUGAGGUCAAUACAUCCAGAAACGUGCCUGUGACUUACCCCACUCCUGACUACUCUAAGGUAAAGCCCAGGGUCCGUCUCCCCACAGGUGAUUACAAGCCCCCUGUGAGCAGACGCUUCUCCAGGAGGGAAUCCCUGUCCUUCGACACAACGUACAUGUCUCCUGCUGACGUUGUGAGGGAAGUUCUACUGAGCACCUCCGACGGAUCCUCUGACCCAUCUGCCCCCAGCUCCACUGUGCCUCAGGACUUCAGAUGCCGGCAGGAGGCCAUCACGCUGGUCGAGCAGCUACAGGAGGACCACAACACACUGCUGCUUGAGCACGCCUUAGUGAACAACACCAUCGAUGUUCUGCAAAUGAAGGCAAAGAUGCAGUCACGACUGAGCCAUGACACCUCAGAGGUCAUGGCCUUGGACUUUCCUCGGGCUCAGAGAGCAGAGAUCAACUCAGGUUUUCUUCAUCCAGACGGACACCGCGCUGCUCCAGGCCCCUUCGUGGGAGAGCAGCUGGCCAAGAUCCUCCACAUCCAGACUGACAAGUUCCUCCAGCAGCUGCAGAUUUAUGAAGAUCUCCUGAAGAGAAAACAGCUCAAACCUUCUGAACAGAUCGAGGGCCUCUCACAGCUUAAUGAGAGACUCAACUCUUUAGAAAGGGGGUUCCUGUUUGCAAGGGAGGAGCACAAACUCCUGCAGCAGAGAGGAGAAGACUUCGGCCACUUUGACCAAGAACAAGAGCUGGGGGGCCUGAUUUUCCAGUGCGGAAUGCGUAUUGAUGAGCUGAAGGAGCAGGUGGAAGGGAAGAGACAGGGCCCGCCCACCUGUGAGGCUCCUCCCUCUGGGCCUCCUCACCUCACCCCUCCAUCUGUUCCCUCUGAUGAUUGGAGAUGGAGUGUCCCACAGAGCCCACUUGUGCCUCUGCUGGUGGAUCCAGGAAGUGCAUCAGAGCUGGAGGUGGGCCGAGCCAGUGAAGAGAGUGACGAUGAGGAGACGGAUGAUGAAGACACUCUGAAAUGUCAGUAUCUCAAACCUCUGACUGGAAAACAAAGACGUGAUGAACAAGACUUUGCUGCAAGAACUGAUCACUAUGGAAGCUUCCAGGAACUUCCCAGAACAUUUGAUAAUACCCUCAGAGAAGCAGAAGGAGAGAAUUUUCACAGUUGCAGCUUGAGCAGCUUUGGAGAGACUCCUGGAUCGGAGAGAAGGAACUCCAUUCUCCAACCUGGGAGCAGCCCAGGUUGGAGUUUGGAAAGAAAACUUUAUCAGAUACGGACAGCGGGUUUACUGGUUCAGAGCGCUGUCAUCCGAAUCCCCCAGCUGGCCCCAGUCCUGUCCACCAGGGGGCGUCUCAGAGGAGCAGAGUCCAGAGAGACCUCCUGGGCCCUCAGCCCCAAACCCAAGAGCAGAGGCAGACAGAGGAGGCGCAGCUCCUCCUGCUCCCCACAGCGCUGGGUCGGUCAGACAGAGAGAACCAGGGCCGACAGAGGAGCCCGACUGGAGAGAGACAGCAGCGAGUUCUCCGCAGCUCACACUGUGUCUGAAGACGGAUAUAGUGACCAGUCCUCCACCACUGCACCGCGUCACCAGGGCAAUUCUCCCGGAGCUCUGUUUAGCAAUGCACCAAGGAAUCUGGAGACCAACGUCCCCAGACUGGAGGAAAGAAAUAAGAAAACUCUGAGCCCUGUGAGAGCAGCUCCAUCAGCUCUAGAGAAUCACACUCCCCUCUACACAUCCACACCCGCACCUCGCAGCAGCUAUGGAAGCUUCCAGGAACUUCCCAGAACAUUUGAUAAUACCCUCAGGGAAGCAGAGGGAGAGAGGGUUCACAGUAGCAGCUUGAGCAGCUUUGGAGAGACUCCUGAAUCGGAGAGAAGGUUCUCCAAUCUCCAACCUGGGAGCAGUCCAGGAUGGUGUCAUCUCUCCAGAGACGGACAGCGAGCUUAUUGGUUCAGAGCGCUGUCGUCCGAAUCCCCCAGCUGGCCCCAGUACUGUCCACCAGGGGGCGUCUCAGAGCGAUUUAGUCCAUCAGGACGGGAGCACAAGGAAACCUCAGACAGUCUCAGCAUCGUCUCCUUCCUCCUCACCGAUUCCCCGACUCACAAGAGCAGAGUCCAGAGAGGCUUCCUGGGCCCUCAGCCCCGAACCCACGAGCAGAGGCAGACAGAGGAGGCGCAGCUCCUCCUGCUCCCCACAGCGCUGGUCUCCGCAGCUCACACUGUGUCUGAAGACGGAUAUAGUGACCAGUCCUCCACCACUGCACAGGGUCACCAUGGCAAUUCUCCCGGAGCUCUGUUUAGCAAUGCACCAAGGAAUCUGGAGACCAAGGUCCCCAGACUGGAGGAGAGGAAUAAGAAAACUCUGAGCCCUGUGAGAGCAGCUCCAUCAGCUCUAGAGAAUCACACUCCCCUCUACACAUCCACACCCGCACCUCGCAGCAGGCCUGUAGAGAGAUGUCCGAGUAAGGUCAGGAAGGGAAGAAGAGAAAGACAAAAGGCUGAAGAGGUGGAGGAGAGUCCAGCUGGGGGCAGCAGCGAGUCAACCCCCACUUCCUCCACCUCCGGGUCUUGUCAAUGUCCUCUCUAUGGAUGUCUUCAGCUGAACAGAGACAAUAAGACAGACUGUGACAGAGACUCCGCCCCACGGGCAAGCUGCCAAUCAGCUGAGUCCCCGGACAGAGCGGUGAGGAGAACAUACCACGCAGCUCCUGCUCCUUCGCAGUGCAUGCUGGGAAGCUCGCCACUUCUGCUAGUAACGCACACUCCCAGGAUGUCCUUACUGCCCGUCCACGUGUCUCCUAGCAACAGCCCCGGCACACCCUCAGGGGUCAGAGGUCACGAGGAGACGAGAAGCUCCAGCUCUCUCGAUGAGAAGAUCUCCCAGGUCAACUCUCUGAACAUCUUUCUGGACAAAGCCGACCGAAUGGCUAAACACAUGAAGCGGACCGGCCGCCACUUGGCUCACUCCCUGACGCGUGCGAUGCAGCUUCAGGAACAGAGGACUCAGUCCACUCAGCAGACGCUGGCCUCGAGACUGGGUUCAGCUGCAGACACACAAACUGAAUGA